AUGAGUAUCCUCGCUUACUCCUCAAUUGUGAUCUUCUUCACUGCCUUUGUCAACUUGAGCUUGCAAGUCAAAACUUAUAGAGGAAAGGUAUCUCUAUCCUAUCAGCCAUCAGAAAGUCUAUCUGAGGCUUCUCCUUCGCUUAGUCGCUUAUCCGAACCUAUCUUAGGUGCUUCACCCUCAGCUAAAGUACCGAAAGUCUAUAGAGCAAGCGACACGCAGCAUGAUCAUUCUUCAAUUGAACGUACUUCGCCGACUUUGCCGGUAGCCGAAGGUGAUAAGAAUGGUGACACAAUGAAAGCCAGUGAAUCUCGUCGGCUAUCAACGAAACCAAAGAAAUUUCGUCGACCAUCAACCAAGCCAGAAAAGGAACAUUAUAUCGAAGAAUACAGAUAUAAUCCAUACCUUAAAAAACAUCAAUCUACUAUGAUUAAGCAAACGCCGAAGCAGCAUAGGGAGUGGAAAAGAAGGUUUGAUAGAGUCAGAGCCAAGAAAGACCACGUAAAGAAAGUUACAAGUUUAGAUCCCGGGAAAUAA